UACAGCCACCAGCGGAGUUCGUGGGGGCGGCGCGGCGCGCCCUGGGCGCCCUGGGCGCCACCCUACGAGAGCGCGGGGGGCGCCCCGGAGCCACCGGCCUGGAGCCGCGAGUGCUGAAAAUUAUCAAGGGAGGCUCCUCUGGCCGGGGCACGGCUCUGAGGGGCGGCUGUGAUUCUGAACUUGUCGUCUUCCUGAACUGCUUCAAGACUUAUGAGGACCAGGCCCCCCGCCGUGCAGAAAUCCUCAGUGAGAUGAGGGCAUAGCUGGAAUCCUGGCGGAUGGACCCUAUCCCUGGCCUGAGCCUGGAGUUUCCUGAGCAGGACACGUCUGGGUUGCUGCAGUUCCGACUGGUGUUUGAGGACCUUGAAAACUGGAUGGACGUCCGCCUGGUGCCCGCUUUUGAUGCCCUGGGUCAGCUGAGCCCUGGUAUGAAACCCAAGCCCCAGGUCUAUUCUGCCCUCCUCAACAGUGGCUGCCGGGGGGGCGAGCAUGCCGCCUGCUUCGCAGAGCUGCAGAGGGACUUCGUGAACAUUCGCCCAGCCAAACUGAAGAACCUGAUCCUGCUGGUGAAGCACUGGUACCGCCAGGUGUGCCCACAAGAGGCGGGGAGGGGGAUGCUGCCCCCAGUUUACGCCCUGGAGCUGCUGACCAUCUUCGCCUGGGAGCAGGGCUGCCAGAAGGACGCCUUCAGCCUGUCCCAAGGCCUCCGAACCGUCCUGGGCCUGAUCCACCAGUACCAGCACCUGUGUAUUUUCUGGACCGUCAACUAUGGCUUUGAGGACCCUGCAGUUGGGCAGUUCUUACGGGGCCAGCUGAAAAGACCCAGACCCGUGAUCCUUGACCCGGCAGACCCAACGUGGGACGUAGGGAAUGGGGCAGCCUGGCGCUGGGACGUGCUGGCCCAAAAGGCAGGGUCCUGCUAUGACCACCCGUGCUUUCUUCAGGCACCUGGGAGGCCUGUGCAGCCCUGGGAAGGGCUGGGCCUUCCACGUGCUGGGUGCUCAGAUUUGGGCCACCCCAUCCAGAGAGACCCUGACCAGAGCAUCCCCGAGGACAGCAGGAGCGACAGUGCCGUGUGCCCCGGAGCAGGAAGCAAGAAACGCUCGUACCCAGCUCCCAGCCCCUUGGGGACGAGCAGCAGCACCCCCUCUAUACCAGGGACAGUCUUGGAUCUGUCUCAGAUCCCCACCAAGGAGCUGGACCGCUUCAUCCAGGACCACCUGAAGCCGAGCCCUCAAUUCCAGGAGCAGGUGAACAGGGCCAUCGACAGCAUCUUGCGCUGCCUCCGUGAGAACUGUGUCCACAAGGCCUCGAGAGUCAGCAAGAGCAGCUGGUGGGUUGGAACUGGCCACCUUUUGGUUGGCAGCCGAGCGCUCGACCACUGCACCACCAGGGCUCCCACUCAAACCUCCAGUCUUUCACACACCGUUUGCACCAUCUGGGGACUCCUGGUCUGCCCCAGAGCCUGCAGAGCAAAAAGACUAACAGGUCCCAGGCGCCAGCUCCACCAUCACUGGCUCUCCUGCCCACCCCCGAGCAUCAUGGAGGAACUCAGAAAUACCCCGCCCAGGAAUCUGGACAAGUUCAUCGAAGACCAUCUCCUGCCAGACACACUGUUCCGCACGCAGGUCAGAGAAGCCGUUGACACCAUCUGUAGCUUCCUGAAGGAAAGGUGCUUCAUCGGAUCUGUGCGGGUGUCCAAGGUUGUGAAGGGUGGCUCCUCUGGCAAAGGCACCGCUCUCAGAGGCCGAUCUGACGCUGACCUCGUGGUCUUCCUCAGCAAUCUCACAAGUUUUCAGGAGCAGCUAAAGCACCGGGGAAUAUUCAUUGAGGAAAUCAGAAAACAGUUGGAAGCCUGUCAAAAGGAGGAAAAGUUUGACGUGAAAUUUGAGGUCCAGCGUAAACGGAAAAAACCCCGCGUGCUUAGCUUCAUGCUAAGUUCCCACUACCAAAACAAGUGUGUGAACUUUGAUGUGCUGCCUGCCUUUGACGCCCUGGGUCAGGUGACUAAAGACUACAAACCUGACCCCCAAAUCUACGUCCAGCUCAUCCGUGAGUGCUCCCGGGGGGGCGAGUUCUCCACCUGCUUCACAGAGCUUCAGCGAGCCUUCCUGAAGCAGCGUCCCACCAAGCUGAAGAGCCUCAUCCGCCUGGUCAAGUACUGGUACCAAGAGUGUAAGGAGAACCUGGGGAUGCCACUGCCAGCACAAUACGCCCUCGAGCUCCUGACUGUCUACGCUUGGGAGCGUGGGAGCAACCAAACAGACUUCAACACAGCACAGGGGUUCCGGACCGUCUUGGAAUUAGUCCUGAGCUACAGACAGCUUUGCAUCUACUGGACAAAGUAUUACGACUUUGAAAACCCCAUUAUUAAACAAUGUCUGAUCAAGCAGCUGCAGAAACCCAGGCCUGUGAUUCUAGACCCGGCGGACCCUACAGGAAAUUUGGGUGACGGAGACCCAGACAGGUGGCAGAGGCUGGCCGGGGAGGCUUCAGUCUGGCUGAGCUACCCCUGCUUUAAGAAUCAGGAUAAGUCUCUCGUGGGCCCCUGGAAUGUGCCGAUCGCCAGACCUUUCUUCAGAGGCACCUCUGGGUGGACUGAAACUUCCAACCUUUCAGUUAUCCUGAACCUUUUGCACCACCCAAGGACUCCUUCUCUGCAGCUUGGGCACCCUCGAAAGGGGCUGACAUCUCAAGGCCAUCUGCCAGCCGCCUUCCCAGCAGCUAGGAACAAGUCUUCCUUGAAAAGGGGAUCCAGGUGGCACAUCACAAUGUUCACCAAAAAGGGCCACUGAGACCCAGUGCCACCCCCUGAUGCGAUCAUGUGUUUUACUC